AUGGCGAACACCAAUAACAUUAGUGGGGAGUUUAAUACAGAAAUAAGUGAUGUUGUAUCUGUACAUAGAAAGAAAGCCGGAAAAGAAGGUAAGAUACCUUCAAUCAUUUUCGAUUCAUCCAAUAAAAAGUAUACAUUAGAAAAGGUCCAGAAUAGUGCUCCACAACAACAGGAACCUAGCGAGUUUUCGCUAAGUAAGCCGUCUUCCAAAAGUAGACCACGUUUCCUAAGACGUUCGGGUCAGCAGAAAUGCGGUAGCUGCCCGGACCGUCUUUCAAAUAUCAAAAAAUCUGUCCAAGCUUUAGACUCGGAUUCAACGGAGGUGGAAUCAUCGACGGAUGAGGAAGAGCGUUGGAAGGAUGUGGCCCGUGCAGCUGAGAUACCUGCCGAUUAUUAUAAUAUUCAAAAGUUGGUGAAAUUUAUUAAGGCCGGCAAUCAGACGGCUACUAUAGUGUCAUUGUGUUGCCUGCGCGAUUACGAUUUGACCACACAAAUCAAUCAGUUCGCUAUACAAGAUAUUGGCGGCUUAGAAGUAAUGGUUAAUAUUUUGGAAUGCAAUGACGCCAAAUGCCGUUUAGGUGCACUCUCAGUGCUGGCUGAUAUCUCAUUGAACAUAGAUAUACGCAAGACCAUAGUAGACUUGGACGGAAUACCAUUGAUAAUUGAUAUUUUAAACUCUUCAAUGAAAGAUUUAAAAACGGUGGCGGCUGAAACAUUAGCGAACGUUGCAAAAGUACGCUUGGCUAGGAAGUAUGUACGCGUUUGCGGCGGUAUACCGAAGCUUGUAGAUUUGUUGGAUAUAAAAUUACAGAUCCUUAAAACUCCUCGGGAAGAGCUAACAGCCGAAGAAAUCGAGAAUCUUAAUCAGGCCCGAGCUGGUGCGCGUGCUUUAUGGUCUUUGUCCGAUUCACGUCACAAUAAAGAGUUAAUGCGUAAAAGUGGCAUAGUCCCUCUAAUGGCUCGCCUCCUGAAAUCGUGUCAUAUUGAUGUCGUUAUUCCGAUUAUGGGCACAAUACAAAAGUGCGCUUCUGAACCUAAAUUUCAGUUGGCCAUUACCACGGAAGGCAUGAUCGCUGAUAUCGUCAAUCAUUUGAAUUCCACAAACUUAGAUUUGAAGAAAGAGGGUAGCAGCGCAAUCUACAAAUGCGCUUUCGAUAAGACCACAAGAGAUCUGGUAAGGGAGGCUGGAGGUCUGGAACCAUUGGUCGCUAUUGUCAAGGAUAGAAAUGUGCGUGACAAUAAGCCCCUACUGAUCGGUGCUACAGGCGCUAUUUGGAUGUGCGCCGCUUCUCCCGAUAACGUACGUAAAUUUGAUAAUCUACGCACUGUCAAUCACUUAGUAACUUUACUGAAUGACGAAUCCGAUGACGUACUAACUAAUGUAGUUGGAGCUAUAGCGGAGUGUGUGCGUUUUCAAAAUAAUCGCGAAGUUUUGCGGAAUGCAAAUGGUUUGCCAGCUCUGGUAUGUUUACUGAAUUCUUCGCAUGCGCCUUUGUUGGAGAAUUUAGCGAAAGCUCUGAAAGAAUGCGCUCAAGAUAUACCCAGCAUGCGAAUUUUAGAAGAACUCGACGCUGUACGUUUGAUCUGGUCGUUACUGAAAAACACCAAUUCCAGAGUUCAGGCUUUUGCCGCUUACGCCAUUUGCCCUUGUGUGCAGAACGCUAAUGAUUCCGGAGACUUGGUACGCAGUUUGGUAGGGGCGAUGGAGUUAGUUGUGGGAUUGUUGAAAUCUAAAGAUGUUCUCGUGUUAUCGGCGGUUUGCGCAGCCAUAGCUACGAUUGCUAAAGAUAAUACCAACGUAGCUAUAUUAACGGAUCUCAAAGUCAUCUAUAAAUUGGCAAACUUAGUUAAUACCACGGAUGAUUUGUUGAGAGCGAAUUUGGCUGCGGCUAUAGCGAGUUGUGCAACCUUUGGUAACAACACUCAGGAGCUGGGUCGCUUGCGAACAGUCACUCCGAUUGUUACUUAUAUGACCAGUGAAGAUCCCGAAGUGCAUCGCACUACUGCCAUGGCGUUGGAGAAACUCUCGAUGGACCCGCAAAAUUGCAUAACUAUGCACCAGAGCGGAGUGGUGCCAUUUCUCUUGGAAUGCGUUGGCUCAACCAACAAGGAACUGCAAUUGGCCGCCGCCGGCUGUUUACGUAACAUACGAGAAUUGGCACUUCGUGCUGAGGAAUAUCUUUUGAAAAUCGACGAUGACUAGUCGACCUUAGAAGAGAGUUUCUUUCCUUGUUUUAAAAAAAUUGAUUUUGGGCGAAUAUUUUAUUUUUACUAUGUUAACGUAUACGAGCCGUUUAUUGGCCGUCUGGACCUGGCCUAAGUCGUGGCGUAAG